GUGUGGCUUUUGUGGGUACCGGGUAGACAGGUAUUUAACUAUUUAUGAACCCACACAUAAUUUCUUUGGUAUCCUUCACUUAUUUGGUCUCCGUCUCUCACUUUAUAUAGUGGGACCCUUGUCUGCUCCCUCGUCGGAAACUAGAGCGUUCGUUGUCCGGUUCGACUCGGCUCGGCUCACUUGAUUUUUCAAAUCCGCUAGAAAUCGAGCAAAGUCGAUGAGCUUGGACCGGGUCGUUCUUUUUUCUUGGUCCACAACAACAAUUCUAAAAAAAGUUCUUUCGGUUCUAUACAAGCAUAUGGAACACUCAAAGCAAAUAAGAAUGUGAUGGUUAUCAUAGUAUAUUUUCCAUACUUUUUUUUUUGAUAACUAUGGAUAGUUUUGAGCGGUUCAAAUAAAACUUUCUUUGUUUGGUGAGUGACUCAAGGUAUUUUGUUUGUUUCAAGCUUUCACACUUAGUUUCCUUCAGAUUUCAUUAUUUUUACACAGCUGCCUUUUAUUUGUUUUCCCCUAUAGUCAAGAUGCAAGAAGUGCCAAAAGCUGUUACUUAGUGCACAUGACUCAUAAGUCAUAACGUAACAAAAAAACUUACUUGACAAUAUUCGAAGAUCCAUAUUUUAACACAGACAUUCAAACAAAAGUUUAUAUAGAGAUACUGAACGUACUCGAUGAUAUAACUGACUAAGAGCAGCCGGGUCCCGCCUCUAAUAAAUUAGUAUUCUGAUAUUUGUUUCUUAUGGAAGAGCAGCAACGUUACGGCCUUACGGGUUUGGGUUAUUUUAGAGUAGUGCAUAUAAAUGCCGCCGAAACUGGUGCGGAAUGAAUAGAAGAAACUCAAAGGAAUCUCUCUCUCUCUCUCUCAUCAGAGUUUCUCUUCUUGGCUAGCUCACUCAUAUAUGAACUAUGGUUGUCAUCCUUUUACUCAUGUUCAUUACUUUAUUUCCUAAAAACUACUAUCGUGGCAUCACCAAAGAACAAGACUUAGGUUUACCCUAGGGUGAGUUUUUAAGUUCACCUCUCUUCUUAUUACCCUAGGGUGAAAUAAAAAUACUUUGAAAUUAAUGAAUGUUUUUUGUAUUUAUUCAGCCAAGUGAAGAAAUAAAUGAAUGUUUCUUACUUCAUUUUAAUAGAUGUUUCUAAGUUUUACUUUGCAUAUACUAUUACUGACCUCUAUGGCUCGAUCAUAUCUCUCCAAGUCUAGAAACGCUUAGAAAUAAUACAUUUUUAAGAUGUAAACAAGUUUCAAUUUCUUUGAAAAUACAAAAAUCGCAUAAAUUUUAUAAAAAUAAACUAAUCGCCACCAAUCCACCACACAGUUAGUGUUAGCCAUGUUAGUAUAUAAGUAAAAAUGUUACUAGUAAUUAAAAACUUCCAAAUGCAUAGACGACGUUACACAUUGUUUUUAUGAAUAAAAAUGUUAAAAGUAAAGACGGUUACAAAUGUAAUUAAAUAAAUUAAAUAGUUUACUAGCUAAAAACAAAAUAGUUACGACCGAUAUCUGUAGUUUUAGUGAUUUGUGUCACUAUCCAAAUUCAAACCUACAUAUUGCAUGACAAAAGAAAUGAACAUAAUUAAAUCAGUAGAAAUGCAAAAUUUUAAAAUAGUGAUAUGGUAAAUUACAACGCUAAAUCCUAAAGAUAAAUCAAGCAAUUCAUUGUAUUAGAAAAUCAUGGUUAGCUAACCAACGUCUAAUUUGAUAGAAUCUAGAGACCUUGAUACUGCAGCUCUCUCCAAGUGCAGUUUACAAUAACAUUUAAAGGACAUCAGUUGACUAUGGAGUUAGUAAAAUCCAAAGUGAUUAUUCUCAGAAUCUGAUACUGCAUUUGUAACACAAUCUCUGAAACAAAUGACAUCUGUAUCACAUAAAUUGAAGGUUACUCACUUACUCUACAUCACAUUGAAUGAAUCUUAAUUACACUAUCUUAAUAGGGUUCUCACUUCUCUUUUAUCUUUAAGCUACUACAUAUGGAAUAUUAAAAUGAGAUUACAAAGGAAGUGAUAUUUCCAAGGCAGGUAGCCAUAAACACUGCAGGUUACUAUCACUACAUCUUGCAGUGCUUUCUUUCUUAGAUUUCUGACAUACAUAAUUUUAUGUUAAAUAAAGAGGGAAACUAUUUUCACUCAAGAACACCAGGGCUGGGAAUUUUAGCAGAACCGAACCGAAUCGAAAAAUUCGGUUUCGGUAAUUCCCAAUAACGAAAGUUUCGUAAGGGGACUAAAGCAGGCUACCAAUCCAAUUUUUACAAUGUGCUGGUUGGCUGUUCAUGGACUUUUUUUUGGUUUUUUAUUGGGUUCGGUACGGUAAUUGGUUAGUUCGGUUUUCUAACAAAAAAUUCGAGCAGUACCAAUCUUAACCAAAAUUCCAAACUGAACUAGCCGAAAUUCUAAACCGAAAUAGCAUAACUUACCGAAUAAGCGAACUAACCAAAAUUUGAACAUAAAUAACUGAACUAACCGAAUAAGCAAACUAACUGAAAUUAACCAAAUUUUUUUUUGAAUUUUAUUUAUUUUAAACCAAAAUUUAACCAAACUAACCAAAAAACGAAAACUUUGGUAAAUUUUUUUAAAACCGAAACUUGAAACGAACCAAACUUUUUUCGGUUUACUUCGGUGAGGUUUCAACUGAUCCGAACUAACCAAUUCCGAACUAACCGAAUAAACCAAACCCCGCAUGUCUAAAGAACACUAUCAAAUAUUAUAUUUAAACACUCAUUUACUUUAAUUUUAGUUUUCGCCUCAGGCCUCAACUGUCUUAUCUCAGUCUUUUUUUAUCACUUUCUCUAGCAACUGCCUGCAGUGAACAAAGAGAGUUUUUCUCUUUUGGGGGGGUCAUAAGCCAAAUAAAUAAGACCUUUGUUUGGGUAUCUUUGCUUAUUAAGCCAGAUUUUCUUAGACACAAAGAAGUGGAGAAAUACUAUCCCAAAAGCAACCAACACAUUUCUCUCUUUUUCUCUGUCUCUCCACUCCAUGGACUUGCAACUGAAGCAAUGGAGAAGUCAGCAGCAGAAUGAGUCAAAAGAACAAAGCUAUGCAACUAAGAUGUUCAACUCUUUCUCCCAUCAGAUUCAAUCUCAGACUGCAACUUCUGCUACUGCUCUACCUCUCUUUGUCCCUGAACCCACCACUUCUUCAUCCUUCUCAUGUUUCUCUCCUGAUUCUUCCUCGUCUAGGCUGCUCAAGAUGGGAAACUUGUUUAGCUUGGCACAGUGGCAAGAACUUGAGCUACAAGCACUGAUAUACAGAUACAUGUUGGCUGGUGCUUCUGUUCCUCAAGAGCUCCUCUUACCCAUCAAGAAAAGUCUCUUCCAUCAAUCUCAUUUGAACUUCCUUCACUAUCCUCUGCAACAUAACUUCCCCCAUCACCAACCCUGGUACUGGGGAAGAGGAGCAGUGGAUCCUGAGCCAGGGAGGUGCAAGAGAACGGACGGGAAGAAAUGGAGAUGUUCGAGGAAUGUUGUAGGCAGUUACAAGUAUUGCGACCGCCAUAUCCACCGUGGUCGAAACCGUUCAAGAAAGCCUGUGGAAACCACCACAAAUGCUGCCACAAAUGCCGCAUCUUCUUUUGCCUUAGGCGAGAAGCUUGGUCAGGGACCAGACAAUCUUUUCUUCUCCUCUAGCUCUUCUCAUUCUUCAACUCAGCAUCUCCACCUUAAUAGUCAUCAAAGUUGUUCUUCAGAUAUGAAACAAGAAAGGAACAACAACAAGAGGCCAUAUGAAGCUCACAAUGGAAGAACAAACGAUGGUCACAUCCUGAGGCAUUUCUUUGAGGAUUGGCCACAAUCAUCAGACUCCACCUCACGUCGAAUGAGCUCAUCGACUUGUCAUCUUUCCAUCUCCAUGCCCACUAACGCUUCAUCAGAUGUUUCUCUAAAACUUUCCACAUGCAAUGAAGAAGAAGAAGAAGCAAACAUGAGAAACAACAACAACAAUGAGAAGGAGCAUCAACAAAGCAUGAUUUGCUGGAGCAGUGGAGAGAACCACCACAAUAUGGGUGGACCAUUGGCUGAAGCCUUGAGAUCAGCCUCUCCGACUUCCGGUCUUCUUCAUCAGAUGGGAAUCUCAACUCAAGUCUUUUCAUUGAAGAAAAUGUUAUAAAUUAUCAGACCAAGUCCUCUUCAGCACCUUUGAGUGUGCCUUUCUGCAGAUGUGGUUCUAUGAAUUAUUUCCUAUUUCGAUGCAGAAAUAUAUGUCUUUGUAUAAGAAAUGGAACUUAGUUUUACAAUCAAGAUUAGUAUCAUCCUCUACAAGUAUCAUGAAUGAGAGAUUUUAUGCAUACAAGCUGCUUAUCAGUCCUUUCUUUUAAAGUUUUUCUUGAAUUUUGCUGGUUAUAGAAAAGAUUGUAGUUACAAUGUGAAUGAUUGGGAGUCAUUCUAACUGAAAAUCAUAUAUAAAGUGAAUCAAGCAGGGAACAUU